CCCGCGUUCUUUGCGUCUGUGAUUCUGUGUUCUUAUCACCACAUACACCGGAGAAAGAAGAGCGAGAGAGAGGUUUUCUUGUGAGAGAGAGGAGAGAGAGAGAUGGAAAUUGGUAUGGGUCACUUGGGUACCUUUAGAAGCUCCGGCUUCAUGAGACCUAUGUCCUGCAACUGCAACUUCCUUGCUUCAGCAUAAUCAUCACCAGACAGAGAGAGAUAGAGAGAGAGAGAGAGAGUGUGUGUGUGUGUGUUUCUGAUUUCGUGCAAUGGAAAUAGGGAUGGGCCACAUGGGGACUUUGAGAAGUUCCAUCUUAGUGAGACCUGUGCCCUGUAACUGCAAGUUCCUUGCUAUGGCAUCUUCAACUUCUUUCUCGUCAAUGCUUCACGCAUGUCCACCUUCCAUUCAUUAUUCCUGUCGCCGAUUGAGCUCUCUUAUAAUACACGCUCGGAAGAAGAACAUACACAUAGAUCCUUCCCUCGAAAAAACUGCAUUUGAUGAAGAAGAAGAAGUUGAACCUGAAGAAGAAUUUGAUGAUGGAAUUAUGAUGGAUGAAGAUGAUUACUUUGAAGAUGAAUUCGAGGAUCCUGAGCCCGUUGACGGAGAUGGAGGAGGAGGUGGUGGCAUUGUGCUUGCUGGUACAUGGUGGGAAAGGAAAGCAUUGGAUAUUGCACAAAAUGUUGUUGCCUCCUUUAAUGGUGAUUUUAAAAUAUAUUCAUUCCAGGCAUCUUUAAAUGACACCAUCCGAAUUCGCAUUGAGAAACUAUCUAAUAAGUACGGUUCACCUAGUAUGGGCGACAUUGGAAUUUUCUCCAUGGCCUAUAGAGAACGCUUGGAUGAAGCUGAGCAUGCUGGAGCUGUGCCGGAGAGUUUAUCCUUAGAGGUAUCAUCUCCGGGGGUCGAGAGGAUUGUCCAAGUCCCUCAAGAGCUCGACCGGUUCAAAGACUUGCCCAUGUAUGUAAAAUAUGUAGGAGAAAUGUGUGUCACUGGCUCCUUGAGAGAGAAAGAUGGGAUUUUGAGGCUUGAUUCCAGUGAAGAUAAUUCUAACACACAGAUUUCUAUGACUAAUUCCUUGAGAGAGAAAGAUGGUAUUUUCAAGCUUGAAUCCAUUGAAAUGGAGUCUAGCCAUUGCAUUUGGAGUCUAGCAGAUGUAAAAAAAAAUAAAGAAUCCACAGGAAAAGGAAGGCCGCUUAGCAAGAAAAAGAGGGAAUGGCGGUUGCGAACACCUUUCAAUUCCUUACGGCUUGUUCGGUUGUAUUCUGACUGCUGAAUUCGUGUUAACGGUAAAUGGGCUUAACAUACACUCUUUAUGUAGUUCGGGGGGCUCUUUUCUAUACACAAGGUUUAAGAAUCCAUUCCGAACCGGUCAUAUUCAUAUAUUAGAUUUAUGUGUGUGUGUGUGUGCACACGCGUGUGUGAAAGGCAUCCAUAUGGUUUAGAUUUACUCGUUCUGUUUCAGAGCUUUUUGAUAUGUAUUUUAUGGUUUGGAGCCACUCCCGCACUUUGACACAGUUAAGCUCUUUUGAGUUCUUUUUUAGCUUGAGGGCACAAAAACCACUGCAAUGACCUGAUGCUUGAGGAUAUUGGGAAGCUGAAGUAGUGAAAAAGUAUGGGAGCUGAUGACUUGCCACCUUAUUUUUCCCCAUGGAUUCUAUGUUAAGGUCACAAUUAGGAAUUUAAGAAGAUAGUUGCCUCAUAAUGAUGGGUAAAUGUCCUUAUCUUAAGAAUCCAUGCUACAAUAAUGUUGAAAAGGGAUGAUCCAUAGCAAAAGGUUCUAGAUAGAUGCAAGUAGAUUGUAGUAAUUGUAAUUCUAGUGGCAGUUUUGAAGCCCCGUGUACAAUUCCAUCACCAAGUAAAGGUAAUAAUUGUUGACAGAUGAAAUACCUUGUCACAAUAACCAAUUCACACAAUAUGUAAAUGAUUUUAAAGUCUGAACAUGUAAUAGUUAGCCAUUCGAAUUUUGUUUUGUUUAUUGUUGCUGAGUGCUGUAUUAAAGAAGUAUAGAGAGUACAA